CGUCCUGGAGAACGGUGGUCGCGAAUAUUUUUAUUCACUCACGUAUUUAUGUGUCCUUCGGUGUCAUCGACCAUUAACAAGGUCGCGUGUUGUGUGCUCGUCCAGAAAAAAAAUCAAAUAAAUUAAUAAUUAUAUAUAAAUAAAUCAAUUAGAGAAAGAAAGUUGCACAUUUGUACAACAAACAAUGUGCUCGAGCUUAGUUUUUUGAAAAGAAACAAACAAACAAAAAACCAGACAAUAAAUUGUUAUUUUUAAGAAGACAAAAAUGGAUUGGAUACGAACGUUGUUCUUCUUGGUUGCCAUUGCUGUCCUUGGUACCAUUCAGGAUGGUAUGGCAGAGAAAAAAAUCGUCUGUUAUUAUACUAAUUGGUCGAUAUAUCGACCGGGAACGGCAAAAUUUUCACCACAAAACAUAAAUCCAUAUUUAUGCACCCAUUUGAUUUAUGCUUUCGGCGGUUUUACCAAGGACAAUGCAUUGAAACCUUUCGAUAAAUACCAAGAUAUCGAGAAAGGUGGUUAUGCUAAAUUUACGGGAUUGAAAACGUAUAAUAAAAAUUUAAAGACAAUGUUAGCGAUCGGUGGUUGGAACGAAGGUUCGAGUAGAUUUUCACCAAUGCUUGCCGAUCCUGCAAGAAGAAAAGAAUUAGUUAAAAAUUCGAUUAAAUUUCUUCGACAAAAUCAUUUCGAUGGCCUUGAUCUCGAUUGGGAAUAUCCGGCUUUUAGGGAUGGUGGUAAACCUCAUGAUAAAAAUAAUUAUGCCAAUUUUGUACAAGAACUUUACGAAGAAUUUGAAAGAGAAUCUAAAAAAACAGGAAGACCAAGAUUAUUAUUAUCAAUGGCUGUGCCUGCUGGUAUCGAAUACAUUGAUAAAGGUUACGAUGUUCCUCGUUUGAAUGAAUAUCUCGAUUUUAUAAAUCUUUUAUCGUACGAUUAUCAUUCAGCUUAUGAACCAGCUGUAAAUCAUCAUGCACCACUUUAUCCAUUGGAAGAGGACAAUGAAUAUAAUUAUGACAGUGAAUUAACAAUUAAUUAUACGAUCAAUCAUUUGAUAAAAAGUGGAGCAUCACCAGAAAAAAUAAUAUUAGGAAUACCAACUUAUGGUCGUUCGUAUACACUUUUUAACGAAGAUGCAACAGAUUUGGGUUCACCAGCAGAUGGUCCAGGUAUUGAAGGUGAUGAUACACGUGAAAAAGGAUAUCUAGCUUAUUACGAAAUUUGUGAAAGUAUAACAAAUUCGGAUGAUUGGGAAGUAAUGCACCCUAAUCCUAAAGCAAUGGGACCAUAUGCUUUCAAGGGUAAUCAAUGGGUUGGUUACGACGAUGUUAAUAUCGUUCGAUUGAAAGCUCGUUUUAUAAACGAGAGAAAUCUAGGUGGUAUGAUGUUCUGGUCAAUUGACAACGAUGAUUUCCGUGGAAAGUGUCAUGAUCGCCCAUAUCCUUUGAUAGAAGCUGGUAAAGAAACUCUUCUAAUAGAAGACACAAGUAAUGUUGCACAAAAACCAAAAUCAUCAGACUCUCGUAAAAAAUUACGAGGUCAAAGUACAUCCAGUUCUUCACGAAGAAAAACUAAUUCUAAUAUCAGAAGAACUACAACAACAUCAGCACCUGUCACAAGAAAACAGGUAACAACAUCUAAACCUAAAUAUCGUACAAUUUCACGAACUAAAUCAACCAAUGAAGAAGAGGAAGAAGAUGAAGAUGAAGAUGAUCGAGAACUUGAAAGACGAUCUUACGAUCUUACGUCUUCCAUUGAAAAUCAAAAUGAUAAUGGUAAUGUUGUCAGAAGUACUGAUAAGAAAAAAAGACCACGAAAUAGAAAUAAAACGAGAAAUCGAUCAUCAACUGGUCGACGUAGAAAACCAGCAAGAAAUGAGGACAAUGACAAUGAUAAACGUUCAACUACUGAAUCUUUGAGUAACAAAUUGACAACACCUGAACCACCAACUACACCUGAUCCUGGAACUGAUUUUAAAUGUGAAGAUGAAGGAUUUUAUCCACAUCCACGAGAAUGUAAAAAAUAUUUCUGGUGUUUGGACAGUGGUGGUGCUGGUUUGGGAUUGGUUGUUUAUCCAUUUACUUGUCCUGCAGGUUUGGUAUUUAACAAAGCUGCUGAUUCUUGCGAUUAUCCACGUAACGUGGUUUGUCCUAAAUCAAAAACAAGUGAAACGACAACUAGAGCACCAAUAACUGCAGCAACAAGUCGUACAACAUAUUUGCACAGUACAACGCAACGUACAACUACAAGUAAAUCUGAUUCCGAAGAAGAUGAUGAAGAUGAAGAGUAUUAUGACGAUGAAGAAGAAGAAGAAGAAGAAGUUAAAAACUCAAAUGAAGAAGAAGACGAAGUGGAGGAAGAAGAAGAAGAAGAAAAAUUCAAACCUAAAAUUACAUCAACCAUGAAACCACUUCAAUAUAAAACCAUAACUAGAAAUAAACCAAGUACAACAAGUACAACCACAAGUACAACAUCAAAACCUGAAAAAGAAGAAGAUUUGAAAAAUGGUGAUCUUGCUGAGGAAGAAGAAGAUCCUAAAGUUAUCAAAGAAUUGAUUAAUUUAAUUAGAAAAGCAGGUGGUAUCGAAGAAUUAGAAAAACAAUUACACCUUCAACAAAAGAGUACAGGUACCUCGUCCAAUAACGAUCCUGUAACCCCAGCAACGAUCAGUCGAACUUUAUACGAACGUGUUUUGAAUCGACAAGCUAGCAAAUUAGUUUCUGGUUAUUCUGCUAAACUUGAUUACCAAAAUGGUCCUGGUAGAGCACAAUUCGAAGGUUUGGAUGAAAUUCCUGAAGUGAAGAGUCUUAGGAGAGCACAAAAACCGCAAUAUGUUACAAUUGAAAGACCAAAGGCAUCAACUAAUGCACCACAAUUGGAUGAUAAUGAUGAUGAUGAUAAUGAUGAUGAUGAUGAUGAUGUGGAAGAAGAGGAUGAUGACGAAUUGGAAGAUUACAACACAAAUGUGGCUUCAUCUGAAGAUGAAACUAUCAGCAAUCCAUCAGAAAUUAGUACCUCGACUCAACGUGUAACACCAAAUUAUGUUAAUAUUCGACGCAAUAGGUUUUCUACAACUACGUCCAAAAAUGAAAAUGACGUAGAAGAGAAAGCUGAUGACGCGGAAGAGGAAAUUCCGAUUCGUCGACGACGUCCUAACGGGUCUACCAAAAAUCAAGAUAAGGAAUCUGAACCUAAUUCAAAACCAUUCCGCACCCGUACGAGAUACAGUAAAAACUUUAGGAAUACGGAAGGUAAUAAGAAUGGUGAGGAAUCAUCGGAACAAUUGGAUUUGGAAGGAACUACGCGACAAACUGAUCAUCAUGAAAUUAACACGGCAACUACCAAAUCUAGAUAUAUCAACAUACAACGUUUCCGAAGUACAACUCAAAAAAAUUUGGCUGAUACCAAUGAUAAUUCUAGGAUCGAUGAGAUAACGACAGAGGGAUCAAUUGUUAAAAAUAAAAUUGAUAAAAUUGAAGAUGUUACUACUACUUCUACAACACCUAAGAUACUUUCAACGAUAACAUCAACAACAACAACAGAAGCAUCAACUACGACAGAGUCCACUUUACCCUCAGUAUCAGUGACAUCCAUUUAUUCAUCAUCAUCAUCAUCAUCAUCUUCAUCAUUAUCUUCAUCAUCAUCAUUAUCAACGAGUACAAGUACGAGUAACGAAGCUACAAGCAUCAAGAUAAAUCCUGUCGAAGAAACAUCGAUAGCAUACAAUCUCAAUAACAACAAUAAUUUGAUACCUUCAACAACAACGACCGAUUCACCUGUUAAACUCGUCGAAGAAUCAGCUACGGAAAUCCUUUUGACUACAGCACCAGCGAGUCCAAGUCCAGGUACACCAUCAUUAUUGUCAACAACCAGGAUAAUAGCAACGGUAUCGCAACCACGACCAUUCGGAUUUACUAGGAGAAGAUUGGGUAGUGUGACUGCUGACGUAACAACGACGCCAUUAGCGCCGCCAUUAGUGCCGCCAUUAACGUCGACACUAGCGCCGUCAUCGAACGAUCAUUCUAGAUCUAAGGUGAGUAUAACGACGUCGCGAAAUUCGACCCGAUCGAGCUCGUUUCUGAUAGGAAGAGGUCGAUUAAGAACAAGACAGGAUUUCUCAACAACUCGUAUUACCGACAAUAAACGGAUUAAUGAACAAGAACAAUUAGAAAAUCCACCAACUAACGAAGAAACGUUCAACAAAACGAGAGAAAUAACUAGUACGAAUAGAUCAAGGUCUAAUAACAAACGUAAAGGAAUUAAUAGAUAUAAUUCAUCGACGAAUAGUCCUAUUAACGAAGACAUAUCGAAAAAUACCAUAUCCCGUAGACGAAGUCGUACGACAGAAUCCCCAAGUACUACUACAAUUAAAACAAUCAUUGAAAAUAGUAAUCCAAGAAGAAGAUAUCGUCGUCCUUCCGUACAAUCAACAACUACGGAAAUAACCAAAUCUAACGAACUCGAAGACAGUCCAAUCGUUAGGAUUACUCAAGGAUAUAAUAGCAGAAGUAAAAAGUUUCGUUCUAAAUCCGAUGUCAAUUUGGAUAAGGAUGACAAUGAGAAAAUAACUAACAUUAGAGUUUUCAAACAAUCACCACCUAGCAUUAAUAAAGAAUUAUACGGUAGAACGAGGAAUCCUAAUAAGAGGAAUUACGUGGAUACUGAACAAGUAACUCAAAAGAUUAACGCAUCAACGGAAAAUAAUGAAAAAAUAUCGGUUCCUGUCAACGUCACAACAACAACGACAGCAGCAGCAACAACAACAACAACAACAACAACGACUACGACUACAACACCAAUUAUGACGACAACUAUUAAAGAUAUUGAACAAAGUACAACUGAUAGUUCAUUGAGUACCGUUCAAAUUACUGACAAUGAUACAACCAAUACCGUAACUGAUGAUUUCGAUGUGUCAUCAACGCCAAGUAUUACGGAAAUCGAAGAAAGUAACACGAGCGUUCAACCAGGACCAGAAUUUGAUACGAUUGCGUCAACUUAUUACAUUACAGAAUCCACAACUGAAAGUAAUACUAUCUCUACAGAUAGUAACGUCUCUUACGAGACCAGUUUAAAUCCGGAAGUGAUGUAUACCACACCAAAUAUUCUUAUUCAAUCGAUUUCUCCAACGAGUUACAAAAACAUGGAAACAAAUAUAAACGAAACGAAUUUGGAUACGAUCGAUUCGUCAGAAAGAAAGCUUAACAAUCAAAGAAGAAAAAAAGUUAUUCUUAGGAGAAGACCUGUAACGAUUGACAGUAACAAUAAUACUUCAACUACAGCUAUACAAAUUGAAGAAAACACGAAACAUCAAAUUAAUCGUAGACGAAAAGUAUUGAAACGCAUAAGAUUAUUAAAUGGCAAAUCUUCCACAGCAUCUUUUGAAACUUCAUCUUCUCAAGAAGAUGAAUUCAGUUCAUCCCGUUCAGAAGUAUCUUCAGAAAUGACCAUUUUCCAAUCGAAUAAUAUGACUGAUCAAAUUUCUACAGAAUUACAGUCAGAAGAAAUAGAAGAAUCUGAUAACGUAACUGAAAGUCUUUCCACAUUUGCUACCGAGUUUCCAAACACGAUUGAUUAUACUUUGACCGAUCGAUCAUCGGAUAAUAAUUUAGAAACUUCAACUAUGACAACAGAAAGUACAAAAGAUGAUAAUUUUAUUUCCAAUCCAACGAUAACUCAAGCAACAAUAAUGGAUGAAACGAUUACUGAAACUUCAACGUCAACUGCAGAAUCAACGAUUCCUGAAAAUGAAGAUCCAUAUUCAACUGUAAUUACAACAGAAGCAACUGUAACACCACCAAGCACUUAUGUAGAUAAUACAUACGAUCCAGAAGAAACUCGUUUAGCUACAGAAAAUGUAACAGCAACUAUUCAAACGACUACACCAGUCAUCUCACGAAAUUUGGAUGAGUCUCAAGUUUAUAGCAAAUCAUCUUCUUCUGAAACAAGAUAUGUGAGAAAAAAAUUUGUUCGCAAACGUCCAAUAUUGUUACCUGAAACACCGAACAGCAGAUAUGCUUUAAUUUCAAGACCACACAAUCGUGAGUUAUCAACAACUGAGAAAAACGAGAUUGACGUUAAUCAACUUUCUAAACGUAGGAAGAGUUUGUUCAUUCGUCGUCGACCUGUUUCAUCGACUACGAGAACUACAGAAGGUUUGGAAAUUAACAAUGAUGAUAAUAAUGAAACGGAAGAUGAAGAGGAACAAGAGGAUGAUGAUGUUGAUGAUACUACUACGAAGGAUAUCAUAAGCAGUGCAUCGAUUGAGAACGAAUCUUUAGAAUUUUGGAAACAUUAUACGAUACCUGCUGAAAGAUUAGCCAAUCAAAGAUCAUCACCACCUUCUGAUCAAAUUAAAAACACGUAUUUAACAACCGAACCAUCAAUUACAACAAUAUAUCCAACAACAGGUCCAAAAGAACCUGAGGAAUCUGAAAAGGAUGAUAGUAAGAUAGCUGGUAAUGUGAAUAAAUUUCGAUACGUGACGAUCAAUCGUAAACCAGAAUCACGAAGAGCAUACAAAGUUCCAAGUUCCAUUAAAAAUUUGGACAACGUUCAAGAAGAAAAGACAUCAACUACGGAAAGAGUAUCGUCAAGUAAACGAUGGUAUCCCAUAGAUGAUUCUUCACCGGAAGAAACGGAAGAAAAUCCGGAAACCAAGGAAACUGCAGCAAAGUUGAAAUUCAGUGGUUAUCGUCAAGCAAGAGCACGUUAUCGAAAUUACGAAGAAAAACUUCAGAAGGAUAGAAUUAAUAAAGAAACGGAAACAACACCUUCCUAUUUUGAAUAUUCAACGUCAAGUUUGAGAUCCCGUUAUCAAACGAAACGUCCAAUAACACCGGUUGAAGUUCCAGUUACGGAAACGCUCAUACCUGCUAAGAAAUUUGAUUACGCUGCUGAUGCUUUUCAUAGGAAACAACAAUCUUUAAGGACAACAACUCCACAACGGGCUGAUGAAGAUGAAGAAUAUACAACGAAAUAUAAAACUGAUGAUAAUUCUGAAUUACAAAAUUUCGUUGAUUCUGAACGAACAACAACGCCAUCAAACAAACCAUUGGUUACCAGAUUGGUAACUUCCAUUGCUGAAUCUGGGACUACAGAAAGACAAAAAAUAUUAAUCAAAACUAAAUAUUCAUCUUUAACAGCAACUACGAGAAUACCCGUUCAAAAUGUGAUCAACAAAAACCUUGAUUAUCCUUCAACGACGCAAUCGUUAAAAAUGUUGAUGACUGAGUCAACGAAUGAUCAAACGAUUACAACAAUUGAUGAUUCCAUCAAUGAAAUUCGUCCUGCAGUUGAAGCAUCGACUCUUCCGAUAGAAAGUGAAUUUGUUUAUCGUGCAAAUGGACGAUUUACAACGGAAUCACACGAAUCAUCAACUAUCCCGAUCGAAUCAGUCUUCAGCAAUCUCAUUGCUGGAGUUAAGGAACAUUAAUUGGAUUUAUUGUUGUUAUUAUUAAUAAUCCAUUAACGAAGACACGAUUCGAUAUAAAUUAAAUAAUAAAAAAUAAUCAAUUAAUAAAUACAUUUAACUAAUUUUCAAUUUAUCAUUCGUUCUUCGUAAAAGUUAAUGCAGACUGAAAUAUUACAGUAUUUAAUUAUAUUUACAUUAUAUCAUAAUCCAAGCGACUAUUAUUUUAACUAAAUACAUUAUCAACAUUAAUCAUGAUAAUUAUACGUAAGAGAAAAUGAAAAACAAAACAGUAAUCUGAGAGAAACAUUUUCAUUUGAAAAAUUCAUCUCCCAUAACAAUGCAAUUAGGGAACAUUAGACGGAUUCCCUAGAAUUGAUUAGAACGAUUGAAUAAAAAAUUCAUCUAAAUAUUUUAUUCAAUAAAAUCGGGGAACAUUAGACGGAUUCCCAGGAUUCAUCGUCAUGUGCAUUUAUCCUGAAGCAAAUGAAACAUCCUCAUGAAAACAAAAAAAUCAAUGACCAUUCCUUUCUUUGUAUUCUUUCUCUUUUCCUUCCCGACUGA